AUGAUUAUCACUGAUGAUAAUGUGGCUGGUAUUCUUAGCCUCAAACAAUUUCUCAAUUGUCAGUUUGAGAUGAAAGACCUUGGUACUCUCAAUUAUUUCUUAGGACUUGAAAUCUCUCAUGAUUCCACUAGUUACUAUUUGUCACAAGCCAAAUAUGCAUCUGAUCUUCUAGCAUGUGUUGGUCUUAUCGAUGGCAAGACUACUUCUACUCCAGUUGAUCCUCAGACUCGUCUCACUCCUAUAGAUGGGGAUCUUCUCUUUGAUGCUACUUUUUAUCGCCAACUGGUAGGUAGUCUUAUCUAUCUCAUUCUGACUCAUCCUAACAUUGCAUAUGAUAUCCAUCUUGUUAGUCAAUAUAUGUCAACUCCCCGCACCCUGCAUUAUACUGCUCUAUUUCGCUUACUUCGCUACGUCAAAGACACUAUGUUCCAUGGGCUUCACUACUCUUCUCACUCUUCUCUCGAGCUUCGUGCUUUUUUUAAUGUUGAUUGCAAAAAACAGUCCAUCACUGCUCGCUCUAGCAUUGAAGCUGAAUACCGCGCUCUUGCUGACACUACUCAAGAACUUCUGUGGCUUCGUUGGCUUCUUACUGACAUGAGUGUUUCUUUCCUUGGUGCUACCUCUUUCUAUUGUGACAAUUAG